AUGGAGAUCCUCGCCUCCGUCGCCGAGGCCAUCGGCGGGGAGGACCGCACCGCCGACCUCCCCAAGGAGCUCAUCGCCACGUCUUCGGCUUGCUUGGCUCCAGCGACCGAACCUACAGGGGCAUAUGAACUAGAUGUUAUAAAUGCAGAGAAACAGAGUAUGAAGUUAACUGAAGAAGGCAUUAUUUUGAACGUGGCUGAUAAGAUUGGAAACAAUGAAACUUCAAAUUUGGAAUCUUCUGAAAUGCAAAUAGCAAGCCAAUUUUGGUCAAAGGAAAUGUUUAAUGGAGAUGGAGCCAGCAAUCUAGAUGAUAGCAAGACACAGACAAAGGGAUUUUAUACAUAUUUGCUAUGGGAACAAAUCAGAAAUUCACAGGAACAGGACAACAAUUCAGAGAUCUAUCUGAACCAAGGAGAAUCAUUGAUGGGCCUUCUAAAUGCAAAUUUGGGAUAUGAGGACUUGACAGUGGGGAAUAUUCAAAUACCAGCACUUAGUGAAACAAUCUAUACUGCUGAUACCAAUCCAGAGGAGAUGGCAAGAAAUGCACAAAAGCAGAUGAAUCCUGUAAGCAGGUUCUUGACUGAUGAAACAAGAAAUCAGAACAAUGACACAAUGUCAAAUAGUGAGAUUGAGGAAACAACGUUUGAUGCAAAUGGAGAAAGGGAAUUCAACACACAGGAUGAAAUCUGCAGGAAUGAUAUUUUCAAUACACUACAGUUAGAGGAGGUUGAAUCAAGAGAAAACUGUGACUCAGAAGCAAUCAUUCAGCCAGUAAAUGAAGCCACAGAAGACAUCUUAAAUGGAGAGGAGAUAAAUGGCAGCCAAGUAUUGACAGAAGAGCAACUCGAUGAAUUCAUUAGAAGGGAGGAGUUAGCAGCCUCAGAAGGGAAUAAUGCAGCAAUUGAAAGCAAGUACACACCCCAAAUAGGAAUGGAAUUUAAGGAUAGGGAUGAUGCUCACCACUUCUUUUCUUUCUAUGGAUUCCUUGCUGGUUUUGAAGUUGUCAUUGCUCAUGUAACUAGAACUACAGCCAAGAAAAGGAACAAUGAGAUUUAUAAACAGGAGAUGAAAUGUCAUCGCUAUGGAAAAGAAGGAACUAAGAAAUGUGAGAUCAAUGAAGAAGAAACACUGAUAGAAGAUGGGCCAGCAGAAGAACAGAAAAAAAGAAGAACAAAUGUCCAGGUCAGAACAGAUUGCAAGUGUGUGAUGGUUGUAAAGGAAGACAAAGGGAUUUGGAAGGUUGUAAGACUUGACUUAGAACAUAACCAUGAACUUAGUCCAAAAGAUAGGAAUCAAUUAUUCAGUGGCAAAAAAAUAUGACAGACAAUGAGAAGGGAAUUAUAAGGACCUUGAAUGAUAACAACAUACCAACUAGAAAAAUGAUUGCCAUUCUGUCAUACUUGAGAGGAGGCCUGACUGCACUUCCCUACAAGACAAAAGAUGUGCAAAACUUGAGAACAAAAAUCAACAGAGAGGUUACUGGAAGUGACAUGACAAAGACAUUUGAAUAUUUCAGAAAAAGAAAAACAGAAGAUCCGACAUUUUAUUACAGAUUUCAAGUGGAUGAGAACUUGAAAGUCAAGAAUAUAUUCUGGAGGGAAGGUAUAUCACUGAAUUGGUAUUCAGAAUUUGGAGAUUGUGUAAGCUUUGACAUCACUUACAUGACAAACAAGUAUAAUCUUCCUUUCGCACCGUUUGUUGGCAUAACUGGUCACGGGCAUACAUGCCUUUUUGGGUGUGCUUUCCUAUCAGAUGAAACAACUGAAACCUUCAAAUGGGUAUUUGAGACAUUUCUUGAUUCAAUGGGAGGAAAGCAUCCUAGAUCAAUAAUAACUGACCAAGACAAGGCGAUGAAAGCAGCAAUUGAGAAAGUGUUUCCAAACAGCAAGCAUAGAAAUUGUUUUUUUCAUAUAAAAUCAAAGUGCUACAACAAAAAUUUGAAGUGCUUUGCAGUUAACAAAGGACUGCCAGAAAUGUUUGAGGACAUUGUCAACUAUUCAGUUACUGAAGAAGAAUUUGAAACACUAUGGCAGAAAAUGAUCUAUGAUUUCAAAUUGGAGAACAACAAAUACUUUACAAAAAUGUGGAACAUGAGGAAGAGAUUCAUACCAGUUUAUUUCAAGAAUGAGUUCUUUCCUUUCAUCCAAAGCACCGGUAGAAGUGAGGGGGCAAAUGCAAGAUUCAAAGAUAAUGUAGGUCCUACAUACAGCAUUGUCAGUUUCUUGCGGGAAUAUCAAAGAAUAGUUGAUGGAAUCAGAAACAAGGAAGAAAUAGAGGAUAAUCAAACCAAACAAAAGCAACCAAAAGAAUUGUACUACGGGUACACAAUUGAACAGCAAGCAAUGGAGUUGUACAAUAGAAAUAUAUUUUUGAAAUUCAUGAAUCAGUUGAAGCUGGCAGAAAAAUAUAAAUACAAGGAAAUAGAAGAGGGCAAGUACUUUGAGGUAUGGUACAAGUCCAAUCAAAUUCAGAAGCGGGAAAGAAUCAGGAGAUAUAUAGUUCUAACAGACCUUACUCAAGGGAAAGAGGAAUUCAGUUGCAUCUGUGGGAAGUUCAGUAAAGGUGGAAUAUUGUGUGUUCACAUACUAAAGGUGAUUGUUGAAGAAGAAAUAAGAGAAAUACCUAGAAAAUAUUUCAUAGACAGAUGGAGGAAGAAAGAAAAAAAUGCAUAAUCCUAUCAGAUCUGAAACAAGUGAUACGCAUGAAUUGCUAAGAUUCAAUAUGCUAUCAAGAAAAGGUGCAAUAUUGACAAAUAAAGGUGCAAAGAAACAGGAAGCAAUGGAUUACCUCAACCAGCAGUUUGACAAGAUCAAUGAACACCUUGACUUGCUGCUGUUACAAAACGAUACUGGAGAAUCAUCAAUAGCAGAAAAUCUAGUACAACAGCAAGGAAACAGGGAAGGAACUGAAAAUCUUGAAUGUUGUGCAGAGAUAGUAGUACUAACGGAUCCUGAUAAAAUACAACAGAAUGGAAGACCAAAAAAUCCAAAGAGACUGAUGUCGCUGGUGGAACAAGAAAGGAUAAAGAUGGCAAAAGCAGAAGCAAAAAAGAAAAAAAAACAAAACCCAAACACCUCAAGUAAGAUUUGCAUUGGAACUAGUUAAUAAUUGCAUAGUAUAAAAGAAACAUUUUGUCGAGUAGGCAUAUAACAUACAAACUACUCUGAAAUAUAAUUUUGUAGGUCCCCAGGGGAAAAGCAAGAAGAAAUUGGAGAAAGGAAAUCAGAAAGAG